AUGGACUCACCUCCCGAUCUUUCUCCUAAUGCACCACCACCACCAGCUAAUUUCGAUAAUCCUAAUGCAUAUUUUGCUAGUCUGCAGCCGCCUCCUCGGACACCGGCUUCCAGCACAUCCAAUGGUCAAGCCCCCACUGAUGGCUUUGUGGAUUCAGGUGGAUUUGAAAAGGCGCCUCUGGCCCCAGCUUCCAGUGCCUCUACUGGUCAAGCUUCCACUGAGGGAUCUGUAGAUUCGAGCGGAUUUGAGAAGGUGGGCGAUUGGUCAUUACUUUCCGAUUAG